GCUCCUUCAGUCGGGGAGGCGGGGCCUCGGGUUUGUGCUUCCUCCCGCGGCAGCGUCCGCGGCGCAACGCAAGCAAGUCGACCCUCAGCGGGACCUGAGACCCCGCCGGCGGGCGUAGUGGUGGGUCCAGAACUGGAGGCCUAGUCGGGUGGCAUUCUGGAGUGAGGCAGCGGACUCUGCGACCCUGGGAGAUGGAGGGGGCAGAAGGCAACGCGGGGCAGCCUGGCCCUGCGGAGCGGUCCCACCGAAGUAGCGUCUCCUCGGUGGGUGCCCGAGCUGAUGUACUGGUGUACCUGGCUGAUGACACAGUAGUGCCCCUGGCUGUGGAGAACCUGUCCUCGAUCAGUGCCCAUGAGCUGCACCGUGCAGUCCGUGAAGUCCUGCAGCUCCCAGACAUGGCCCUGGAGGCCUUUGCACUCUGGCUUGUCUCUCCUCUGCUGGAGGUACAGUUGAAACCCAAGCACCAGCCCUACAAACUGGGCCGCCAGUGGCCAGAGCUGCUGCUGCGGUUCACCGAUGCCUCGGACGAUGACAUAGCCAUGGAUGAGCCUUCCCUUCAGUUCCGAAGGAAUGUGUUUUUCCCAAAGCGCCGAGAGCUCCAGGUCCAUGAUGAGGAGGUCUUGCGGCUGCUCUAUGAGGAAGCCAAGGGCAAUGUGCUGACCGCUCGGUACCCUUGUGACUUGGAGGACUGUGAGGUGCUGGGUGGCCUCGUGUGCCGGGUGCAGCUUGGGCCCUACCAGCCUGGCCAGCCUGCUGCCUGUACGGUGAGAGAGAAGUUGGACUCCUUCCUCCCUGCCCACCUCUGCAAGCGAGGCCAUGGCCUCUUUGCUGCCUUCCGGGGCCGUGGAGCCAAGACUGGGCCAUGUGAGCAAGGCCUGCUGAAUGCCUACCGCCAGGUAAAGGAAAUGGCAGGCGGUGACAGUGAGCGUGAGACCACCUUGGGCUCCCACUAUCGCGCAUAUCUCCUCAAGUGCCAUGAGCUGCCCUUCUACGGGUGUGCCUUCUUCCAUGGCGAGGUUGACAAGCCAACCCAGGGCUUCUUGCAUCGGGGUGGGCGCAAACCAGUGACCGUGGCCAUCAGUCUGGAGGGUGUGCAUGUCAUCGACAACAGGGAGAAGCAUGUGCUGCUGGGUCUACGCUUUCAGGAGCUGUCAUGGGAUCACACUUCCCCUGAGGAGGAGGAGCCUGUCCUGUGGCUGGAGUUUGAUGGUGACAGUGAGGGCACACCUGUCAACAAGCUACUGAGGAUCUACUCCAAGCAGGCUGAGCUGAUGAGUGUUCUCAUUGAGUAUUGCAUUGAGCUGAGCCAGGCCGCUGAGCCUGCUCUCCCCCAGGAGAGUGCAUCCGGCCCUCAGGAAGCUCCCAGCCCCUCUUCAGCUCCCACUCAGCGCCCCAAGCUGCGAAGGCAGGGUAGCGUGGUGUGUAGCCGGAUUCAGCAUCUCUCCACCAUCGACUACGUGGAAGACGGCAGCGGGAUCAAGCGGGUGAAGCCGAAGCGAACCACCUCCUUCUUCAGCCGACAGCUCUCCUCCAGCCACGGAAGCUACACCGUGGUACAGCCCAACGACAACAGCCCGGAGCAGGGCUGAGAGAGGCCACAGCUGGCAGCAGGAUGACAUCUGGGUGCCGUGGACAUGACCAGGCACAGUCCUAGGCAGGACCAAGCUACACUAGUCUCAGGCUGUGGGCCUGGGCGGGUGCUAGGCAGGGUCUGCUGGAGUUUCAGACCGUGGAAAAGUGACACGCAAACCUUCCGUGAGUCUGGCGUGGGCAGAGCUGCCCUGCAGCCCUUUCUACCCUCUUUCCUGAACUCCAGGCCCAGCAGCCCCUUCUGCUCCUCCCCAAGUGGACUGUGUCUCUCUGGAGGGACUGCUGGCAGUUCCGAUGUAGGUAACUGAAAUCAAGUUCAGUGCUUGCUUCUGGUCAUGGGUCCUUGGUGACUUCUCUUGCAUUCCUUCUGCUGACAUUCCACCAUGCUGCCCAGCCAGGCUUCCACCCUUUCUCCUAAGGUAUGCUGGAACUGGAGGGUGCCUCUGCAGGCCAACAUAAGCUCAUGGCUGGCUUCUUGUUGGCCUUUACUGAUGUCUCUGCUGAAUGGUAGCUGUCCUAGGAACUGGAUCCACACUGCACACAGGAAGCCCUUACAUGUCCCUGGGCUGGCAUGGCUGUCCCAUUCCGGCCAGCUCCCUUGUUUUCCUGUGAUCUGGGUCUCAGGGUUAAAUUUUGCCUUGUUUCCUCUGCUCUGAGCUGAUAAAGCCUAGGACCUGGCAACUCAGAAUUACACUACACUGUGGAUUCCCUGAGGCCAGCCACAGAGGCUCAAGCCACCUCUGGUCUCCUAAUGACACUGUACAGGAGGCCUAUCCCAGCUCUGCACCCCGGGUAUCCUUGAUUGCUCCUGAGAGGGGCUGGUCCAGGGAAGGGUGUUUUCCAGGCCCUUAAGCCCUUGGUACUCCCUGGGAAUCCCCACAGAGCCCAGAGAACAGCUGUGUCUUCUCAGUGGAAAGUCCCAGAAAUGCAAACCCCUACAUUUCUGUAAUGAAAGCAGUUUGCCUGCCCAGUGAACUCCAGAAGUCUUAGCAGCAGAGAGAAAAGGCUGGCCUCGCCUAUCCUGUCGCCUAUCCUGUUGCAAUGUCUGUAAGAUGAUGUCACCUGCCACUUGUAGUUAACCCUUUUGGAGUCACGUGUGUUCCCUGAGCUACCAGCCCACUCUCGGCCACCUUCUGGUCAUUUUGACUGCUGUUGAUGGCUUUAGGUCAUUAUGUGAGAGGCACAGAUGUGUGUGUGGAAGCACAAACUCUGGAUUUCCACUUGUGCCUUAACCCUCUAGGACAGAGCACUGUUUUACUAACUGUCUUGAGUGUUCUCAGUCUUUCCUAUCAUCGGACUUAAUAAAAUCCUCACCUAGCACA